AUGGCAGCUACUCAAUUUGAUUGUCAAUACUGCACAACAUCACUUCUUGGGAAGAAAUAUGUAUCAAAGGAUGACAAUCUAUACUGCGUUUCAUGUUAUGACCGUAUGUUUUCUAACUUCUGUGAGGUGUGCAAAGAACCUAUUGAAUCAGAUUCCAAGGAUCUUUGUUAUAAAGGCCGGCACUGGCAUGGAGGAUGCUUCAAGUGUGCCAAAUGCAAUCACUCUUUGGUGGAAAAGCCUUUUGCUGCCAAGGAUGAGCGCCUGCUGUGCACAGAGUGCUAUUCUAAUGAAUGCUCCUCCAAGUGUUUCCACUGCAAGAAGACCAUCAUGCCUGGUUCUCGCAAAAUGGAAUUUAAGGGAAACUGUUGGCAUGAAACCUGCUUUGUGUGUGAACAUUGUCGCCAACCAAUAGGAACUAAACCUUUAAUUUCAAAAGAGAGUGGAAAUUAUUGUGUACCAUGUUUUGAGAAGGAGUUCGCUCACUACUGCAACUUCUGUAGGAAGGUGAUAACUUCAGGUGGAAUAACAUUUCAUGGGCAGCCAUGGCACAAGGAGUGCUUUCUGUGUAGUGGCUGUAGAAAAGAGCUCUGCGAAGAAGAGUUUAUGUCCAAAGAUGAUUAUCCAUUCUGCUUGGACUGCUACAACCAUCUUUAUGCAAAACAGUGUGCAGCCUGCGGCAAACCUAUUACUGCCUAUGAGCUCUCCCUGGCUUAUCUCUGUAGCAUCAUCAAGGAGGCUGUUUAUCCAGAAGAGUUACAGCAGAAAAUCAACAGUAAAUAG